GUGGACUGCCGUCGUGGCGGCCGCGGUGGCGGCGCAGGUCAGUGGCGAAGAGGUCCCGAAGCAUUGGGGGCAGCCUCGCUUCAGGGGCAAGCGGGUCCUCGUGACCGGCGGGGACUCCGGCAUCGGCUUCGCUGCCGUGCAGACCUUCUACCUGGAAUGUGCUAAGGUGCUUCUGGUGGGCCACAGCGCCGCCAAGUCUCGGGCCGCCUUCCAGGAGAUCAGCGGCCUGCCCGUGCCUCAGGAGUGCGCUGGCAGCCCUCCCGGAGUCGCCUGGGCUGCCGUGGAUGUCUCCAACGCGACGGAGGUCGCGGGCAUGCUGGGCCAGAUAGUCCAGGAGUUUGGAGGUCUGGACAUCGCGGUCAACAACGCGGGAACGGCCGGCAGUGCGACGCAUCAGGUCGGGGAGCCCGGUUUCUUGGACGCCUCUGGGCGUCUCUAUGACGAGUCGAUUUGGAACACGAACGUCGCCGGCACUCUGAAAUGCAUGGACGCAGAGAUAUCGCACUGGAUCGCCACCGAAACGAACGGCGUGAUUGUCAACAUUGCUUCAAUCGCUGGUGAGACAGCUUGGGGAGGCCCGCUAUACACGUCGUCCAAGUGGGCCAUGGUCGGAUUCACGAAGCAAGCAGCACUCCACCAUGCCCCCAGGGGCAUCCGCAUCAACGCUGUCGCGCCAGGUGCGGUAAACACCACUAUGCUCAGAAAUGGGCUGUCCCCCUCGGACCCCAGGUGGAUCGCCAGGCGCAGGUCGUGGGAGAGCACCAUCCCGAUCGGCCGCAUCUCGAAGAACUGA